AUGUCAUAUGAGAAAAUCAGGUUCAACAAGCUACGAAGGGUCACUGAAAAGGCAGUGGAACAAACAGUGAAAAAGCUGCUCCAGCCAGAAACCAUCGAAAAGUGUUUCCCUGUGAUUAGUGAAAUGAAAGGUGGGAAGAGCGCCUUGGAGACUGCUAGGAAACAGAUCUUGCAGUACUUCCAACUGACACUGGAAAAGCAGUUUCAGUAUAUUUUUGAACAGAACGAUAUUGAACGGAAGUUGGACGAGCUCGACGAGAUCAUACAAGCAGCCCAGGCUAGACGUGAUCUGGGGACUGAGGAACCGUUGUUUAUUGAAAAACUCACUCCACAACAACUUAUAGAUGCUAGGGUUGGAGCAUCCAAGGCUGAAACUGUCACUAAACUACAAUUGAUCUACGACCAGUUGCUUCUAGAUAACAAACAGCUUCACGAGGAGAUCGUGGGGCUUGUGGAUGAAGGUGCUACGGUGAAAGACGACCUACUACUGCAAAUCGAGGCGGUUGCAAGUGGAGUGGACGAAAUCAAGAAAGCUGAGUUUGAUCAGAACUACGAUAAAUUGAUCGACGACGUGCUCAGGUAA